GCCGCGUCGGGAUGCCUCCUUCUGCCGCCGAGACGCUGCGAGCCUGGCUGCUGUCGGCCCUGGUAGUGCACGGUGCUGUGGCCGGGAACCCUGAUGCCAAACGCCUCUACGACGACCUCCUCUCCAACUACAACAAGCUAGUGAGACCGGUGGUCAACACCUCGGACGUCCUCAGGGUCUGCAUCAAGUUGAAACUUUCGCAGCUGAUCGACGUGAACUUGAAGAACCAGAUAAUGACGACGAACCUGUGGGUGGAGCAGUCGUGGUACGACUAUAAGCUGCGAUGGGAGCCGAAGGAGUACGGGGGGGUUCACAUGCUUCACGUUCCUUCGGACCACAUAUGGCGGCCCGAUAUAGUGCUGUACAAUAACGCGGACGGGAACUUCGAGGUUACUCUGGCCACCAAGGCCACCAUCUACCACCAAGGUCUAGUCGAGUGGAAGCCGCCUGCUAUUUACAAGUCCUCUUGCGAGAUUGACGUUGAGUAUUUUCCCUUUGACGAACAGACCUGCGUCCUCAAAUUUGGUAGCUGGACGUACGACGGCUUCAAGGUGGAUCUGCGCCACAUGGACGAGAAGGCCGGGAGCAACAUUGUCGACGUGGGGGUCGAUCUUUCCGAAUUUUAUAUGUCCGUUGAAUGGGACAUCCUAGAAGUACCUGCUGUAAGAAAUGAAAAAUUCUACACGUGCUGUGAUGAGCCAUAUCUCGAUAUAACUUUCAAUAUAACGAUGCGAAGAAAGACUUUGUUUUAUACAGUGAACAUCAUCAUUCCCUGCAUGGGCAUCUCGUUCCUCACUGUGCUCACAUUCUACCUUCCAUCAGACAGUGGAGAAAAGGUGACUCUGUCGAUAUCCAUCCUGAUUAGCCUCCACGUGUUCUUCCUGCUGGUCGUCGAAAUCAUUCCACCGACGUCGCUGGUGGUACCCUUAUUAGGGAAAUAUCUCAUAUUUGCGAUGAUCCUCGUAUCGAUAAGCAUAUGCGUCACCGUCGUCGUCCUCAACGUCCAUUUUCGCUCGCCCCAAACGCACAAAAUGUCACCAUGGGUGAAAAGGGUGUUCAUACACAUACUACCAAGACUGCUAGUAAUGAAAAGACCCCAAUACAUAUUCGAAACCAACAGGUCCAUGUCUAGUCGGUUCUUAAUCCGGGGCCGGGAGCCAUCGACUUGUCUUUACCCCUACCACACGACGAUGCACAGGGACGAGGGUAGCCCGAAGAGGAGGUACCCCAGCAGAAGCCCAUCCAAAGAAGACUUAUCUCCUAGCUUAGAAGACGGCGGCCCUUUCGGCGGCAGCUGUCAGAUUCACGGCCCCGUGGCCCCUUUGCCGCACUCCGAAUCCGAAGACUUGACGGUAUCUGGAGAGGCCGAUAAUGGAAUCAAAAGCCCGGUGCUGCGAAAUCCUGCCUUCUCGCAUUCACGGUGUCCUCCCGAAAUACACAAAUCGUGCUUCUGCGUGCGAUUUAUAGCGGAACACACCAAGAUGUUGGAGGACUCCACAAAGGUAAAAGAAGACUGGAAAUACGUAGCCAUGGUCCUCGACCGCCUCUUCCUCUGGAUCUUCACCCUGGCGGUCCUGGUCGGGACGGCAGGGAUAAUCCUGCAGGCGCCCACCCUGUACGACGACCGCAUCCCCAUCGACAAGAAGUUCGAGGAGUACACCACGACUACUGUUGUCCGUUGCCCUCCACAGUAGUAGCUCACGUUAUGCCUGAAUAUCAUUUCGUCUAUAUCGAUAUCAUCCCGUUGUUGUGUAAAUACGACUCAUCAGAGAUUUUAUAAUGCAGUCGGACUCGCACUGACAUUGCCGGAUUAGCCGAACCUGGGUAAACAGCUCUGUUUACUUAACAUAAACACAUUCGGCGUAGCGUUGUUGAGCAAACAGAGGCUGCGUAAUGUCGAUGUGAACUCCUGCGACUGUUAAAAAUUCAUCUCGUCCUACAAAUUCGUCGACUGCAAAACGACAGGAAUAAAGCUUAUGAAUUUUGUAUUCAAUUGAGAGCUACCUGAAUUGUAAAUAAGCAUCAAUAAUUAUAUAUUUUACACAGCUCGGUACGUUUUCUACUGAGGAAUUUUUAAAAGACUACUAGUUGGGUUGGACGGUUGUUUUGUAUAUUUUUAAGACACGUAGUGCCAUUAACGAAGUUUAUUACGGAUAGUACGUCAAUCUAAUGAAAAAUGUUUAAAUAGCACCCAAUAAAAGAAAAAUGUAUCUAUGAUAAAUAUAGACUUAUAAACUAGAACGUUAAAUUCAAAAUGAUUAUUAGAUUAGGUAGAGGAGGUUCAGAGAUUUAGAUCGAUAGACUGCCUAUUGACUUAAUGGGAACAUCAUUUGUACAUAUUUAUGUAUAUGUUAGAUUGGGUAGCUGAUAUCGUUAAACUGUGUUGUACUAUAGUUUAAAAUUGUUAUACGUUGUUGCUUCGUUUUAUAAAUAUCCAUGCUUAAUAAAGGAUU